CUUGUUUUUUUCUUUCAAUCUUUAACUGUACUUUUACAAUUUUUAAAGAGAACGCAUAUGGCACAAAGUGCUAGAAAAUCUCCCAGCAGUUUAUUUGCGUGGUUAACUUGGAAACAGGAUGCGAAAAGCAAGGACGACGGUAUUAUACCUCCGUCUUAUUUGCAGGGUGAGCCUACAGGCGCAAGCCCUUCGCAGCCACUCGUGCUUAAAACCUACCGCCGAGCAUGGUUUGCACUCUUUUUGCUGGUUGUAUUGCGAAUGGCGGUUUCAAUUUUUCAAUACACCUUUAGUAUCAUCCCAAAUGCUACAGCUCAGUAUUUUGGCGUCUCUUUGUCAGCAGUUAAUUGGCUUGCCAACGUACAGUGCAUCAUUUAUGUUCUAGUCAGCUUUUUUACAGGUUUUCUAUUCGAAAAGUGGGGAGUGAAGCACUCUCUCAUCAUUGCUGGCUUUUUAUGCGCUAUUGGCUCAGCCAUACGUUGCAUUGCUACGAAAACAAGCCCGCCUUCUUUCAUAUUGACCAUGAUUGGUCAGAUAGUUGGCGGUGCUGCCUCUCCGUUCGCUUUAAAUAUUAUGACUAUGACCGUCUUUCCUAACCCACGUCGUACGGUCAACUAUUCGGUAGCAUCAAAUUAUGGCGCUAUUAUUGUCAUGUUUGUAAUUCCAGCUCUAGUGGAUGAUGUCAAGGAUAUUCCUUUGGUGGUCAAUUUAGUAGCGGUAUUUGCAACAGUCAGCUUUUUGACGUUAUUGAUGUUGCCAAGCAAACCGCCUACACCUCCAACAAAAAUGCAAAAAAUCGACAAACCAUCAUUUUUCAAGGGCUUACGGUUACUUUCCACAAACUAUAACUUUUGGAUUGUUUUUCUUAUCCAUAGUUUUAAUGUAGGCCUAAGUAUAGCUUUUUGCGCACUCUAUGCCCAAAUUCUGGGUCCUCAUGGGUAUUCAGAAAAAGAUGCAGGACAGUUGAACGCUUUGGCAUUCUUUGCCGGAACGUUAGGGUGUACUGUUGCAGGACCUUUGUUGGAUCUAACCAAAAGGCAUAAAUUGUUCCUCAAAUCAGUUGCGCCGUUAGUUUUUGGGACAGAUUUAGCAUUUAUUUUUCUGGGUAAGACAAAUCAAGCUUCCGAUAGAUGUUGUGAGCAAACUUCUCUCCUCUAUUUGCUUAUGCAUUUUCCUUCCGGCACUAUAGUUCGCAAAGAUGCAUACCUUGCAGUUUUACUUGUAACAACAAUCAAUCAAUUUGUAUUGUCAUUCCUUGUACCCGUGGUCAUUGAAUUGGGAUCAGAAACAACAUACCCAGUAGCGGAAGCCACAACUAACUCACUGCUAUGGCAAGGCAGUCAAUUAUUUGGGUUCAUCUUCGUUUCUAUCAUGGAUGCAACACGUAAUCCGCACGGUACUCCAGCCAAUGACAUGAAAAAUGCGCUUAUUUUCCAAGCCGUAAUAGCUGGAACUAUUAUGUUGCUUUCUUUCGCUUUCCGUGGUCGAAUGGUAAGAUCGGAGGCCAUGCUACAAGAAGAACAGGCACUGGAAAAAAUAGCUGAUGCAGAAACUGACGUAUACAUACUCAGAACGGAAGAAGAUAACGACAAUAGUGGCAUCAGAACAACAGAUAAUGCAAUGACUGAAAUGCGUGCCUCAAGUAUCGUACAAGAGCCUACACAUGUGCCUAUUGAAAUACAAAGGCAGUACUAAAGAUGUUUCUUACUAUAUCAAAUCGAAUAACAGAACAGUUUAACUGUUGUGUGUUUCGCUUAUAAGUGAAAAAUUUUCAAAUCAAUCUUUGACUUGAACAAAUAAGGAAUUGAUCCAUAGUACAACAAAUUAGAAAAUUUUCAGAAGGGAAUGUAAAGUAACAUCGUAGACUCUUAUAUAGUCAUUCAACAAUUAAAGUCACAAUUUAUAAGUGCUUGUAACCAAACGAGUUUAGAAAAAA